AUGACGAGUUCUGUCCCGUUCCCUCAAGGAAAUGACAGCACACUGUGCCUGGUGCUGGUAGGCAUGAAUGGAAGUGGGAAAAGCGCCACAGGAAACACUCUACUUAAACGUGAUAACUUCACUAGCCGUCGUUCACUAAUACCGACAACACAGAAAACUGCAUGGGGAAAGACAAUCGGGAGAGACAUAUUAGUCAUUGACACACCGCCAAUGAUAUUAACCGAUGACACAUCUAAAAAGAAUAGACUGACAUCGAGAGAAGCAGCUAUGGAAAUCAACAAAUGUAAAGAAUUUGCCAACAAAGAAGGUAGUGGGGUCGAUGCCAUCUUAUUGACAUUCAACGUAAACGAGCGAUUCACCCCAGAACACGAACGUUGUAUUCACGAAUAUGAGAUGUUAUUUGGUGCCGAUUUUUAUCAAUAUUUGAUAAUCGUUUUCACCAGAAAAGACCAAUUGACUCAAGAUAACAUGUCGCUGAAUCAAUUUUUACUACAAACCCCAGAGUUUUUAACAUCUUUACUACGUCGAUGUGACAAUCGUGUUGUGGCCAUUGACAAUAUUACGACUGACGACGACGUGAAACAGAGGCAGGUUGACGAAAUUAUACACAUUGCAGUUCAACUUAAAAGAUCGCACAACAGUAGACCUAUGCCAGUUCAACUUAAAAGAUCGCACAACAGUAGACCUAUGCCAGGUGAUCCCAGUUAUAGUGUAGCCGAAAUGGACAAUAUUAUCUGUCCUAUGUGUUCACUCAUGUGA